AUGCCUGUGAAAUGGCCCGCGCUUCGCUCCUUGGCCCAAAGUCGCACGGGCUUUCAGCUCGACGACGCGGCGCGCGCGUUGGCCCUGACAUCGAGCACCGUGAACAGUUUUAGUCAGCAGGCGCUGGGGAAGCUUCCGGGCAUCGUGGGCUCUGCAGCUUUGGAAAUAGCGAAGGCUGGCAACUCACUCGUCCAGCAGGCCCAAGGAAGAAAGAUACCGCAAGCAGAGGAUGCCGGCAUUAGGAGCCAAGCACGAGAAGCCGUUGUGUCGAGUGCUGUCUCUACAGCAGAGGCUGCGAAUGAUGUGUUUUCAGCAUUGGGAUUGCAAGUCCGGAUUCUUCACCCAAGCCUGCCCAACUCGCAGACUCGUGUCAAGAUCUCUCGAGGUCGUGUUCCAGAUGCUGGAAACACCGACACAGAACAAAGUCGUAUGACCCCACGUCAAUUUGUUCAGUUCAUGCGGCAAGCUCGGCAGGAAGGGAGGGCAAGUGAGGGAGGCGACCAAAUCGAGAGGUACAUACAAGACAUGUCCAAUGCUGGGCGACUUCAGAUGAUUCCUCUUUUGUCCUAUAGCUUUCAGCACAAGCUGUACGUGGACAUUGCCCGCCUGCUGGUCUUCGCUUUCCAGAGAUGCCUGAUGACACUGAACGACGCAUCUGUCUGGGGCCACACAUUGCAAGUGACUUCGAAAGGGUAUUUGACGCGACAUCUUCCAACAUUACAGACCAGCAAGGUUGGCUCCGCUCAGUUAGAAGCUGUUGUUGACAUGAUGCUCCUGUCGCAACGCUUUCACCUUCCCUGGCUUCCCCGCUCAACACAGCGCCGACUCUAUAUCAAUUGCAUCAUGGUCGUCUUCCAGCUAGUUGAGGACCUCUUGGCUGGUGAUGGUGAAGAAAUCCAUUUCAUGGGCCACAAGGUCAAGUUCGAAUUGGAAGCUCAACCUCUCCAGUUGGUAAAGCAGAUGCUUCAGGAGAAUCCUGUGAAGCACUGCCAAAUCGACGAGGCUGUUCUGGCAGAGCUCGUCGAUGAGCUCCUCGCAGAUGAGGAGACCAACUUGGUCUGGAUGCCGGAUUGUAUCGAGAGCCAAUUGUACCAGAAUGUGAUGAGGCUGUUGAUUCGGAUGGCUGAACAUGUAGUCAGUGGGCUGAAGCUCAGCAUCCUGGGCCGAAAGAUUGAGAUGUCCAUUCUGUCUACUAUGGACCUGAGGGCGCAUGAGGAGUUCGUCCGAGACAAGAGAGCAGAGGCCACCGUUUACUACGAGGAAGAGGAUCCUUUCCUCACGGUCUCGGCCACGGAACUUGAGGAGCGCCUGAAG